GGCUGGAAAUGCUAGUGUGUCAAUGAACUAGAUAAUAAUCCGGAUCGAGAAGCGCCCGAAGAACGCCUGCCAUCGGCACGAAGAUGGGCUCCGGUGCCUCGCACGAGAGCGCCACGGCCGCCGUCGCGGCCGGCGUCUCCGAGGACGAAGUAGCUGCCCACCUCGCCUCCCUGGACAAGAAGCCAUGCACAAUCUACUACAGUCCCUUCAGCAACAACUCCAUGGGGGCCGCGAUGACGGCGACGGCGUGCGGCUGCGCCGAGCUCAAACUCGUGGACCUCGCCGGCGAGCAAAAAUCGGACGCGUACCUCGCCAUCAACCCCUACGGCCAGGUUCCCGGCCUCACCGACGACAGCAACGGCCUGAAACUCGGCGAGAGCCACGCGAUCCUAAGGUACCUCGCCACGCAGUACAAGCCGUCUUUGUAUCCUGGUAAUCCAGCGAGCCGAGCUAGGAUUGACAUGUGCAUGGACAACUUCACCAAUUAUGUGUUCUUGAAAUGCUACAACGGCUCGAUCAAUUGCGUGAUCGGCGAGUUGCUUGGGCUCGACGCCUGGCCCUACCCGGCCGAUCAAGCCGCGGCGAAUGCCGAAUUCGUCGCGGCGUUGGACAAGUGGGCGGGCCUCUACCUCGCGUCAGGCCCGUUUGUCUGCGGCGAGGAACUGACCAUCGCCGACUAUAGGGCUGUGGGCCUACUCUAUACGAUCAUGCAACCCAAGAUCAAGGAAAAGACGGGCUUCGUGCCGCCAGACAACGUCGCAUCAUACGUGAGCGCCGUCCUCGCGAAGGACCCCGCGGCCGCGGUCCUGCUCACGGAGAACACGGGGAAGUUCCUCGCGUGACCGUGUUCUUACUAAAAGUCUUUGUUAGCUGCG